AUGAGCGGAAAAUCGUUGGCGCUGUUUAAAAGUCAGAUUGACGACCAGGAGAAGAGUCGCACGCCGUUGUUAACACUUCGUCUAGUGACGCUGGUAAUUGUGGUUGCGAUGCUGACAUCUCAUCUGCGGUCAAUGAGAGUAUUCCGAUGGGAACACUCGGUAACAGGCGGUAUACUGGUCACUUAUACCAUCGGGAUACUGGGACUAGCUUUAUGUGCUGCUGUCAAUACUUGCAAGAGUUUGGCCUUUCAGGCUUAUUUAAGUGGAACCGGUUCGGUCUUGAUGGCAGUUAAUGCUGUCGUAAUAUAUCGUCGUUGGCGACAUUCUGGUGACCUGACUCGAGUGGUGGCCGAACUACUCCAAGCUUUAGGAGUCCAGCUAAAAAGACAGGUGAUCAUUAAAAUAUCACUCAGCACCGCAGCAGCUAUCCUAUUAUUAAUAGACCUCUUUGUAGCCCCGUUUGUGAUGAAUAAAUGA